GAAGGCAGCAUGGUUGCGUUCCCGCCCCUCUGCUGCCCGUCCCUGCACCGGGGCAGCAGAGAGACGGAGGCUGGAGGAUGUGGCCUCGCAGCCGCAGUCUUGUCUGGAGACACGGGGAACGCUUUCAGCUGGAGCCCAGUCAGUCCUGCUUCUACACCUCACCUGCUUUUUAAAGACUACGGUAAGAAUCCCACACAAUGCCAAACUGGGGAGGAGGCAACAAGUGUGGAGCAUGCCGCGGGACAGUGUACCACGCCGAGGAAGUGCAGUGUGACGGGAAGAGUUUCCACAAAUGCUGUUUUCUCUGCAUGGUCUGCAGGAAAGGCUUAGACAGCACCACACUGGCUAUCCAUGACCAGGAGAUCUACUGCAAGUCGUGCUACGGGAAGAAGUACGGCCCUAAAGGCUACGGCUACGGCCAGGGGGCGGGGACGCUCAACAUGGACCGAGGAGAGCGGCUGGGAAUCAAACAGGAAGAGACACAGACUCACAGACCGACCACCAACCCCAACCCAUCCAAAUUUGCCCAGAAGUUUGGAGGUUCAGAUAAAUGUGCCCGGUGUGGAGACUCUGUCUACGCUGCGGAGAAGAUCAUGGGGGCAGGCAAGCCGUGGCAUAAGAACUGCUUCCGCUGUGCAAAAUGUGGCAAGAGCCUGGAGUCGACCACGCAGACGGAGAAAGACGGAGAAAUCUACUGCAAAGCGUGUUACGCCAAGAACUUUGGGCCCAAAGGGUUUGGUUACGGCCAAGGAGCCGGCGCGCUGGUUCACGCCAAGUGAUGGCUCACCUGGGUCCAUCACACCUUUUAUAUUUCUAUUAUAUUCCUCUGUCUAACAUCAACCAGCCCAUGUCUUGUCUUUUCUUCCUUAUGUACAUUCAUGUUGAAGUAGGUGUUCUCGAUUCAAAUAAAAACAUUAACAAAACCACUUGUUCACAUUUGACUAUUUUAUUAUUAAAGCCAUUAAAACUGAACCAUGCCCAUAUGUUUACAUCUGAAGCGGAGUUACAUGGAUGUCUGAAGGUGGGCAGAGAGGCACUGGAGAUGAUUAUGUGCUUUAUCUUUUUUACUUGAAUUUUCUCACAUGGCGAGGUGAGAGGGGAGACAGAACAGAAACAUUUCAGGUUGCUGGAAGAACUAGUGAGGACUGAAAUGGCUUUGAAUUCAAGUCGUAGAUGAGCAGAACUCCGCCCUAGAAAAACAAAAACACCAGUCUGCAUUGACCUCCUGUCACUUUAAAGGCAUGAUUAGAACACAAGUGGUUAGUUACUGGUACCGAUAUGAAAUCAACCUUUGGCCUUUAAAGCAAACAAAAAGCAGCAGCUGUACGUUGUCUUUGUAGGGCAGAAAUGACAUCAGUGGUUGGUUUGCAGGAUGCGGGAGUGAAACAUGGACUAUGAUGACGUAACCGCCCCCUUCUGAUGAUGCAAACAUGAGGCCCAAAAGUUCCAGAGGCCUUAAUGUAUUAUAACCUCCCUCUGUCCUUAAAACUAUUGCAUGAUCACAUUUCAGCUUUUAGAAAAAAAAAAAAAAAUUGGCGUCUGCCUUAGUUCUCUAGUGUCUUUGCUUUACAAUUUGUACAUCCAGUGGUAUAACAAACCCAGCGAUAUAUGACAUAGAAGUACAAAAUAAAAAACCUUAAGGAUGACUACAGAGUCCACAAGCAUGGAACAUCCAAAUAUAUUACACACUUGCACAGUUAGGCCCGACUGGUAGUCGGUGACCUGAAAGAAAACUUCCACUAAACACACUGGAUUUGCAAGAAAGAAAAUAGAAUAAAAGACAGACAAAUGAACGCAAUGCAGGAAAGUACUUGCAAAUACAUAACAUUCACUAUAUACAGACACGUGGCUUGCCGGGCUGUCACCAUGGUGAUGACUAAGGGGUUGGGGGCGUGACGGCGAGAGCCCAGCUGUCCCGAGCAUCGUACAUGCAGUGGAGUUUCUUGGCUGGGGCGCAGGGGGAUUUAAGGUAUUAAGGGGCUAAGAUGCCUAUAGACAGCAGUGUCAGACAUCACUAAAAGCUAUAGUCAUACACUUGGAGUAUAGUCACUUGAUUUUCUUCUGUUUUGUUGGAAGAAAUCCCCCAAACU